AUGAACACAGGAUUUGGAGGGACUGGCUUUGGGCAACCUGCGGCAGGAGGUUUUGGCCAACCAGCAGGUGGUGGUUUUGGCCAGCCAGCCGCUGGAGGAUUCGGUCAAGCCGCCCAGCAAGUACCUGGUGGUUUUGGUCAACCUGCUGCUGGAGGUUUUGGACAGGCCGCAGGUGGUUUUGGUCAACAAAAUACCGGAUUUGGACAGCAACAAGUUGGAUUUGGACAACCUGCUCAAGGAGCCACAGGAUUUGGUCAGGCAGGCGGUCAAGGUGCAGCAUCUGGGUUUGGUCAACCUGCGGCAGGAGGUUUUGGUCAACAGAAUGCUGGAUUUGGACAGCAAAAUACUGGAUUUGGUCAACAGGGUGCCGGAUUCGGUCAGCAAACUGCUGGUUUUGGCCAACCAGGUGCAACAGGUGGAUUUGGUCAACCUGCUGCUAAUGGUCAAUUCGGUCAGCCUGGUGCAACCACUGGCAUCGGACAGCAACAAACUGGUUUUGGUCAAGUAGCUGGACGUGGGGCUACAACCGGAUUUGGACAGCCAGCAGCAGCAGGUGGAUUUGGUCAAGCUGCUGCAACUCCUGGAUUUGGUCAACAAGCUGGUGGAUUUGGACAAGCCGCGGGUCGUGGGGCCACAACCGGAUUCGGCCAACCAGGAGCAACAGGUGGAUUUGGUCAACCUGCUGCUGGAGGUUUUGGGCAGCCUGGUGCAACCACUGGCAUCGGACAGCAACAAACUGGUUUUGGUCAAGUAGCUGGACGUGGGGCUACAACCGGAUUUGGACAGCCAGCAGCAGCAGGUGGAUUUGGUCAAGCUGCUGCAACUCCUGGAUUU